CCUCCCGCAGGAGCCGGGCACAGCCUGCUCGGUUCUCAAGCUGCCGCACACGGCAGCCGCCUGAAGUCACCUCCAGGUCUCCCGGAGGAGCAGACAAACCUGCGCUGCGGCGGAUCCCUGCUCCACCUCGUUUCCCUGCACCUGCGGCAGGAGAGGGGCUGGCGCAGGCGGCAGCGGCAGCAGCGGCCCCGGCUGCCAUCGCCAGGCGUGGGACCGGGAGGGAGCGCGGCAGCAGAGCAUCCCCCCGGGAGGCACGUAUUCCUCAGCAGCUCCCCAGCAUCCUGCCGGCGAAGAUGCGCUGCUGCCGCAUCUGACGCACCUCUCCCAUGAGAGCUUCUGGUAGUUCGAAGGCAAUAAAACAAGCGAGAGCCCAUGAGAACAUCAUACAGGGAGCUGGGUAUAUAAAAGGCCAUUUGAAUCUGUUAUGGACAGAGAGCCUUUUGGGCAGAGGGACUGUUGUUUUUGCUUCUCAAUUUGCAGUGAUAAAGGGAGCCAGCAAGGAGUAUUGUAUCCCUGAGGAUUCUUCAGUGGCCUUUUUGGUAUUGUUCUUCUCUUUCCCCUUGCACACUGCAAAGCACUGACCUUUUCCUGUGGAACUGGAGUCUCUGCCACUCAAGCCCCUGUUCCAGCUGGGAGGAAGAGGUCUUUCUCCCCCUCCGUCUGUGCAGGCACUUCUGUUUGAAUGGAAGAUAGAUCUUUUUGCUGAAACUCUUUUGUUGUGACAUUGCAUAAUAGACAGUUGUCUCGCCGCAGGAAAUAAAAGAAAUGAAAGGAAAUAGAGAGACGGAAGGAAACUGUUCCCCAAAGCAAAAUUGAAGCAGGGAAGAGAACAUUAAAAUCACUUCAAGCCCUACCCAAGAUCUAGAAGACCACAAAUCUCCUAGCUCCAGAGGAAAAUAUACUAUUGUAAAAACUCCUCAGCAGUCACUAACGAUGAGCAGUCGUGGUGUUUUGUCUGGAUGCAGCUGGUAAAGGAAAGCUUUGGAGGGACGUGUGGGCUCUGGCCUGUAUGAUGCCUGAAGACAGAAAUGCUGGAGUUCGCAGCCCAGGUGCCUUAGCAGCAGCUCCUUUUAUUCCUAAAACUACUUAUAGGAGAAUUAAGCGGUGUUUUAGUUUCCGUAAAGGUAUUUUUGGCCAGAAGCUGGAAGAUACUGUCCGAUACGAAAAGCGCUAUGGGAACCGCCUGGCUCCGAUGUUGGUGGAACAGUGCGUGGAUUUUAUCCGACAGCGGGGGCUGAAGGAAGAAGGCCUUUUUCGACUGCCUGGGCAGGCUAAUCUUGUCAAGGAGUUACAGGAUGCAUUUGACUGUGGAGAGAAGCCUUCUUUUGACAGCAAUACAGAUGUGCACACGGUGGCAUCGCUGCUUAAGCUGUACCUAAGGGAACUCCCUGAACCAGUCAUACCAUAUGCAAAAUAUGAAGAUUUUCUUUCCUGUGCCAAAAUGCUCAGCAAGGAUGAGGAAAUGGGCCUGAUAGAACUGGUGAAACAAGUGAAGAGCCUGCCAGCUGUCAAUUAUAAUCUGCUGAAAUAUAUCUGUAGAUUCCUUGAUGAAGUCCAGUCUUACUCAGGCAUAAACAAAAUGAGCGUGCAAAAUCUGGCUACAGUUUUUGGUCCCAACAUCCUUCGCCCCAAAGUGGAAGAUCCUCUGACUAUCAUGGAAGGUACAGUAGUAGUCCAGCAGCUAAUGUCAGUCAUGAUUAGCAAACAUGAAGAGCUGUUUCCCAAGGAUGCAGACCCUCAGAUGGGACCCGAGGUAUGCAAUAACAACAAUGAAUUGCCAAAGAAAGCAAUUGCAGGACAGCUGCAGAACAAAGAGAACAACAACACCAAGGAGACAGCUGUGAGGCGCUGCUCUUGGGACAAACCCGAGUCUCCCCAAAAGGGAAGCAUGGACAAUGAGUCUCCAACUGCUCUGCCAGGCAGCAAGACAAGCAGCCCCAGGAACAGCAUCCAGAAACUAGAUGUCACCAGAAGCCCACCACUCAUGGUGAAAAAAAAUCCUGCUUUUAAUAAAGGCAGUGGCAUUGUCACCAAUGGGUCCUUCAGCAGCUCUGUAGAAGGCCCUGAGAAGAGCCAGACCUUACCAAACUGUACCCUGCAAGCCAGGAGAACAUCAUCCCUGAAAGCACCGGUGACUAAGAUGGGCACACACAGUGUGCAGAAUGGGGGUGUGCGGAUGGGUGUUUCCAGCACAGACGGGCACAGCAACACCCUCAACAGUCGGACCCCAGGCUGGGUGCCCAAUGGCUACGUCACACUGAGGGACAACAAGCAGAAGGAAUCGGUGAGUGAGUCAGGCCAGCACAACCGGCUUUCCACCUAUGACAAUGUCCACCAGCAGUUCUCUAUGGUGAACUCUGAUGACAAACAGAGCGUGGACAGUGCCACCUGGUCAACAUCCUCUUGUGAAAUAUCCCUCCCUGAGCACUCCAACUCCUGUCGUUCAUCCACCACCACCUGCCCUGAACAGGACUUUUAUGCAGGUAACUUUGAAGACUCUGUGCUGGAUGGACCACCACAUGAAGACCUCUCUAAUCCGGGUGACUAUGAGAACAAAAGUGACAGGAGGAGUGUGGGGGGCCACAGCAGCCGAGCUACCAGCAGCAGCGAUAACAGUGAAACAUUUGUGGCCAACAAUACUAACAAUCACAGUGCUUUGCACAGCCUGGUGUCCAGCUUGAAGCAAGAGAUGGCCAAGCAAAAACUAGAAUAUGAAACAAGGAUAAAAAGCUUGGAGCAGAGAAAUCUCACCCUGGAGACGGAAAUGAUGGCCCUGCAUGAAGAACUGGAUCAAGAGCGGAAGAAGUUCACAAUGGUAGAAAUCAAAAUGCGCAAUGCAGAACGAGCCAAGGAAGAUGCAGAGAAGAGAAAUGAUAUGUUGCAGAAGGAAAUGGAGCAGUUUUUCUCCACUUUUGGAGAACUGACAGUGGAGUCUCGCAGACCAGAAAGAGGCAACACCAUCUGGAUCCAGUGAGCAUUGGAAGUGUUGACUGUGGGACUUUGGGGAAGGGCUUGGGGGUAUUAUACUGUAUCAGGUGGCUGGUCACCUGUCUGAGGCUAGUACUCAACAUAAUGUUAUAAACCCUUGAAGGAAGAAAUCAUACAGACAUUAACCACUCAUAUCUACAGUGUGUACUUUAUCAAGUUAUACUCUUCGAAUGCUUCAUGAGACUACUGUCAAGUGUUAAACUGGAUAUGUGUAUAUAAAUUUAAAAAAAAAUCACCUUAGAGAGCAAGAAAUAUUUUAAUGCAAGUCUUGUAUUUAAACUGGUAAAUUGAAAUGUUGUUGCAAUCAAGCUUUAUAUCAAGGCUUUUCUCCCUUGCACUUAACAUAUAAGCUAUUUUUGGCAUUGUGUUACCAUCAGCUUAUUUUGUAUAUCAAAUGUUUUUUGGUUUUGGUUUUUUUUUUGUUACCCCUCUUGCUGGGGAGUGGAGAUAAACAGAUAUGUUACAGUAUAUGUGCCAGUGGUUAAACCUGGUUCGCGUCGCUUCUAAAAAGACAGUAGGAUGAGAAACAGCAGCACACUAUGGGCAAAACAAAGCAGUAUUAACACAAUUGGUGUCCAGGGCAGAAAGUACCAGGGCAGCCGUAUCAUAAAAACUAAACAAGAAUAUCAAGUCAACAAAAUUGCAGGCAAUGGCGAAAGUGUAAACAGCUGCUUGUUUGGGAGCAAAUGUGGAUGGCAGAGCAAGAAUCUGGGGGAGAGAGGAAAGGGGAACUUUAGGGGAAGUCAAACACAUGACCAGAGCUUUUUGGGGUACCCUAAAGAAGCCUUGUGCCUGAUCACUGCAGCCCAGAGCAGGAAUAUAAACCAGUUGUUCUGACCAUAUUUGCAUCUGACUUACCUCUGUACUCUGCUUGAAAGUGAAUCCUUUGUAUAAUGCUGGUGAAGGGGCACACAGUGGGCAUGAACUGGGCAUCGUGAUGGGUGCUGAAAAAAAUAACAAAAUAAUUAUGUCCAGAGUAGAAAUUACUGGAGCAACUGUGCAACAAACAGCAAACAAGGAAGAAAGCGCACUAACACAUUCACUACCCGUAUUUGCAGUGUGUAUUAGCAAGUUAUCAUACCGUCUGAAUACCUCAUGAGAUUACUAUCAAGUGAUACAACUGUGAAAGUUUCCAGGCUGUCAGCAUCACCAAGGGAAGACCUGGAGGGGAUAGCCUGGAGCCUAACAGCAUGCAGAGUGCCACUGAAAAAGAAACAGUAAAGCCGUGCUACAAAUCAA